UUUAGAGGAGCCACUGCCCGUGUCAGAAGGCAAAUGGGACCAAUCAACUUGUGAGCUGCUGAGUGACACCGUGAGUCCUGCCUCUGAAACUUUUGUUAUUUUUUCCCCUCAGCCUACUUCAAUUGUUUCCACAACUUGGUCACAGACUCGGAAAAGUUGCCAGAGAUCUACAGGCACGUCCCACAGCCUGCAGCAAGCUCAUCUGUGCUUCACUGUCACAACAGGGGUGGGUGACAGCGCCAUGGAGGAUUAACAACCAAGCUCCGCAAAGGCUGUCUAAAACAAAGAGAAGAUAUUAGGCACUUUGCACUGUUCCUGACCACUGCUCUUCUUUCCUGCACUCCUAAAACCUCUGAUUUGUGCCCUCUGCUUUCUUGUUGCCAUGGAGAAGGUCCAACACAUGACCCGCUCCGCUCUGAGGAGAGCCUCAACUAUUGAGGUCAACCCACAAGCACGCCAAAGGCUCCAAGAGCUCUUUGUGAAUUUCUGCCUGAUUCUAAUUUGCCUCUUGCUGAUCUGUAUCAUCGUGAUGCUUCUCUGAAGUUCCAGCACUUCUCUGCCCUGUCCUCUAGGAAAGUCACCCAGGGGGAAGAGAGACCUACACGUGCAACUCCCAGUGCAAGGAUCCUCAUGUGACAGGGGCUAGCACUUGGACUAGAGUGUGCCAGCCAGUGCUCUGUUAUCUUACUGCCUGCUACAUGUAUUAAAAACACGUUUUCUGUGCAGAACAGUGUUUAGAGCCUGUAGUUACCAAGUUGUGCAUGACUCAAUUUGUCCACCUCAAUCAAGAGAUGUCUUUACUACAUGGGGUAAAGUAUCAGUAGAUCAGAUUAUCUACUCUGAGCAGUAACAGCCAGCAGCUGGUAAAUUCAAAGUUUUAGUCAUAUAAACACCACCAUCACUUUCUGGGGGCCUAAGUAUUUUUAGGUUUCUUUGAAAAUCUUUAAGCCCUUGGAAGGGUUCCAAAACCAUGCCUACCCAAAGAAGAGCUUACAGGUACACAGCUCUCAACACAUCCUGGGAAAGUUUCUGCUCUUGCUUAGUUCAAAGUGCUGCAUCUCUGCAUUAUCAACUGAAGGCAUUCAAAUCGUUUUAGUGUUUUUGAAAGCAAUAUGAGAAUGAACGAAAAAUCUCUUCGAAAUCAGAAAGGAAAAACUAGUUCAUAUGUUUUGCUCCCUAUUUAAGGGAUCUUAUGUACAUGACAUCUGGAAAGAUUUUUCAUUAUGUUUUGCAGAAAAAAAUUGACACUACCAUAACUGAAAUAAAGAAUACUGUUUUCCAUAGUCAUUUGACUGCCAUGACAACUGGCAUAACUUGGAUUCUCAGAGUUCUUAACAUUUGCCUUUAGACAACUUAAUUAAGGCCUGUUCUAAUAUAUGUAGUAAUUUCCUUAGUUUAAAACUAGUAAAGACUUGGAACUUGCCAAUGUCACAUGAGGUGGCUUACACCUGAUGUGGCAAAGAGAAAAGUCUAGAUCACCAUCACUGUUGUGACUGAAGUGCACCAUACAAAUAUAAGCUAAAUCCCCAUCUUCAGCUGCAAAUUCCUGCUAGAGAACAUGCAAACACUUUCCUAAAAUAAAUGACAGAUUAAAAAGUUCAUUGCAAAUAAUUAUGCACAGGAAGGGAAAGCACUGCAGAAAUAUGUUUUCAACAUGUUAACUAUAGACUAUACACAUAAAAGAUGACACUUCUGCUCCAGAAAUUGUGAGUAACAAGACUGAGUAGAAGACUUCCAACCCUACUAACACUAUUACAUGUUGCUGGUAUUAAGCAAAAUUCCCAGAAAUUCCAUACACUUUUCAAAUUUAAAGAAAGCUUAAGAAUCAACAGACAGAGGUCAGACAGACAUCCAUUUUUUAAAGAGAUAUUCUUCUAUUCCAUUCUAUGUAAACAUUCUUACUGAUGAAUACAGAAAAUCGAAACAAGUUUAUCUGAUAUUCUGCCUUUAAGACUUAAUAUUUCAUGAGUAGAAGUGUAGAAGUUGACCAUGAACAGCUAAGCAGGAAGGGAAGAAAUCUUUGAAAAAACUCUGUAUACAAUGGAAUGCAAGCAAAUCCAGUGGUGAAUUUCCUAUCUGGUGAGCAGGUAUGUUGAGACCAGACUCUCAAGUAAGGUUACCCACUAGAGGAAAUUAAGAUAGCUACUUGUGUGAGGAGUAGGGCGAGCACUGCUGAGAUUGGCAACACACCCCCACACUUGCAAGUUAGUAUAUGAGCAUUACUGAUUUGAACUGUCAGUGUAAAUCUCAAUUUCCAUUUCAUGCACUCUGACAACUCUCACAAACACAAGAGAUUUUAGUAAGUGUAUUUUCCUUUUUAAUUCUUCUUACUUUUCUUCUCUUUUCGAAUCUGUAUUUUCGAUGGAUAGAGUUUCUAGCUUUAGUUUGCUUUGGAUGUGUUUCAAGAGACUUCAACUGGAAAUAAACAACAGUUUAACAGUACUGAAAACUUGCUGAAGAAAAAAGUGUUAAGAGUAAAGCAACAGCACUGCAUUCUGAGGACAUGUUUGGGUUAGAGGUUUCACAAUCCAACAGUAUAAAGGAAUCAGAGUAAAGCAUUGCUAAAAAUGUAGCCCAGUAAAAACAAACCCUCCAACUUCCUCUUAUGUACCUGAAAACCCAUAACUUAUUUUAAAACAAUAACCAAACAAGAACAAAACCAAGUUAUCAAUAAACUGGAAGCCUUACUGCUAUUUUACAGCAAUGCAGAUACACUGCAUAUACUGUAUGGUUCAUUUGUGUCUUAGGCUCCUGUUGAUCAAAAAAUCUGUUACUAUCCUCUGUAUCACCAAUUGUCAACUGAACACAGAAAUUUUAUAAAAACCCUUUUGUACAUAAUACAAUCUUCUUUGUAGACUCAUGCAAGCUUAAAAAAUAAUAUCUACAGUAUUUUUAUUUAAUAAAAGGACUGCUUGAAAAAUAUUAACGCAUAAAAUAUAUCAAAUUGUUUAGAAAGAAGCAUCCAUUCUAUUACUUACUUACUGAAGUUAUGUGAAAAGAAGCUAGUCAUCACCCAGCUUUCUAAUUCUCUAUAUCUCUAUUUAUUCUGUUUUGGUUUUCAGGAGUAAUCUUGACUAUUUUGCAAUGUCCUUACACUAUGACCUUACAAAGGUCAUUUACAUGUACCUGAUUUCCACUCAGUAGCUUGUGCUUGUAACUAUUCCUAAUUAAUUUUCUGCAAAUGUAAUCAAAAAGUUUAGCACUUUUACGAGUCAUAAUAAAAAUUGCAAACAUGUA